AUGAAGAGCACGGUGGCAACCGCUGUGAUGUCAGAUGUGCCGAUCGUUGCCGAGGCUGCAUUGGCAAUGGAAGAGAAGCUGAAGGUGUACCACGAUUUGGUAGUGUGCGACGAAAGCGCCGUUGCAUACGUUUUGGACCCCCGCUUGAAACGAUUUGCCGGUCUUGAUGCAGCGACUCAAGUAACGUUAGAUGUACACCAAAUGAUGCGUACAAAUUGCACAUACCGAGCGAGAAUGGAGGAAUUUGAUCGCUCACCAUUGCAAAUGGACACAAAUCAGUUCGCUUGUGGCCUAAAUUCUUAUUUUUCAUGA